AUGGAGAGUGACUCGGACUCGGAUGGUGAAUCUUGGCUCGUAAAUUUCAAAUGGACUCAUCCUGAAGAGGGAUUGCCAGACGAAAUCAGGUUAGCGAUUCGGAACAAUCAUGCCCCGCCGAAAGCUACCGUUAGGAGUGCCCUGGCUCUUAGAGACGAGCCUGCUACCGCCGUUCCUCAGUUCUAUGCGAAACUUGCAACUCUUGAUGCCGAAAUCCACGAACUCGAGAAGCAAAAAAGUGUGCUCCAAUUGGAGGCAGAGCCACAUCGUCGAAAGCUGGAGGCAUGCAAUACCCUCCUGGCCCCAAUACGACGCGUACCAUUCGACAUCAUACGCGAAAUUGCACGUCUUACGCUGCCCUACCAGCCAGCAGCCAACGUCAAGAAUGCCCCUCUGUCUCUAUGCCAAGUAUCUUCCGCGUGGCGAAAAGCAGCUCUUUCCCUUCCAGAGCUCUGGACGACCCUCUACCUCGUGGUUGAAGACCUCCUUUCUACUCGACGCUAUCAUCAACGUGUCGUAGAGUGGUUCGAACGCGCGAGAGGACGUCCGGUUUCAUUAUACCUCUGCUUUUCCUUCCAGCGCCCCCAUGUAGGCAGCGCAAAACACGCCUAUGGCCGAUUUCUCCACAAACUUCGCCCCUCUGUGCCCCAAAUUCGCCAUCUUCGGAUCGUGUCCAAGUCCCUGAAAGAUGCGCUUCCUUGCUUUGAGAACGCCCACUGGCCCCUUGACGGCCUGGAGAGCCUCGAACUUCAUGGUCAUGACAGUGAGUCCAUGGAGUGGAUGAUGGAGGAUACAAUGGACGGGCCGCAAGUCCCCUUUCCUGCCAUGACACUUUUCAAGACAGCCACAAACCUUCGCUCUCUGACCGUGGAAAAUGACUUCUAUUUCACCCUCGGCGCACCAGAGCUUAUCCCGUGGGCACAGCUAACGACGGUCAGGAUGACAGAGUGGCUCCGUGUUGCCGAUUGGGUCAAGAUUAUGAAAUCGUGCCCGCAGCUGCGGCUCGGGCAGUUUGAAGUGGGAGCGGAAUGGGUCGAUGAGGGCACCAGGCCGGUAUUAGCUCACCUCGAAGAACUACGGCUCCACGGGAUGCAUUUCGAAGUGUCCAUGUUCGACCUUAUCAGCAUAUUCGACCUACCCAACCUCCGCGUCAUCGAUGUGUGCCACUUGACUAUGGGCUUCGCCGACGACAUCCCGGAUCCGCUUCCCGCAAAUCAGAUCCCUGCACUGAAAACAAUCCAUAAUUUUUACUUCAACGACUUCUGGAGCAAGACGCAUCCCAUGUACGUUCUUGAGUUGAUCACCGAGAUGACGAACCUACGUGAGCUUGAGCUCACAGACGUCAUGCCCGGCACUGCCUACCAGGCGGUGUUCGAAAGGAUGUUAUUCGACGAGCCAACACCCAUCCUGCCGAACCUCUCACGCCUCUUCGUCAAGGCUGAUAAGAAGGUCAAAGACUGGACAGCCUUUAUCGACAUGGUAGCGUCCAGGUCCUUCAAUACUCCUGUCGGUUGCAGCCCUCUGAAGGUAGUCGCGGUCGUCAUCGAGCAGGCGUGGACUAAACGAUCGUGCAAAGUCAUUCCUGCACUCGCCAAAUUAAAGGAGGCUCUGAAAGGUUGCCAGGAGGCGGGUCUAUCGAUUAUGAUUGGAGAUCAUCACAACGGCGUUUAUUCAUGUCGACCGCCUUGCGUUUCACUUGGAUGGAACCCUCGUUGGCGUGACUAA